AUUUUCGGUAGUAGAUUUUUCCACUCGCAAAUUUAUAGGCGUGCAGCCAACGUUUUGGAUACUAUUCCAUGCGUUUCACCACAAAAUGUCUUUGGAUUAGCAUGUAUGUAAAACAUUUAAAGUCAUCUGUUACACUUGGUGAAAAUUAGCGGAGGCGAGCGAGCGAUCGAACGAGAAGCAGCAAUAUAUGAAUAAAUAAUAGGCGUAUAACAAAUAUACGAAAUACAACAACAGCAGCAACAACAAAUAAUAUGAAUUCAAAAGCUGACGUCAACCGCCGUGUUUUGGCUAUUCAAGCGAAGAAGAAGCGACAUAGGAACAACAAGAAGCGGGGCAAGCAAAAUGGAGCAAACGGAGCUCCCGUUCAAGAAAACCAACAGCAACAACAACAACCACAACAACAGCAUCAUCAGCAGCCGCUACAACAACAACAAGAGCAACCAGAACAACAACAAUAUGAAGAGCCCGAAACUCAAGCACCAGAAAAUGCUAAUAAUAGCCACAUAGAGGGCGCCAGCAAGUUUGAACUGCAUGUUGGCAACGCUAGCGGCGCUAUUAACUCAAAAUCUACGGCAUCCUUUAGCAAUGCCACAGCAUCCACAUCAAGCGGCGGCUCGGCGAAUACGCCCGAUGCCCAAUCUAAAUCGAAAUCGCAAAACAAUAUGCAGCACUCGCAAUCGCAGUCGCAGCAAUAUCAGCAGCAAGCGCGCAGCUCAUCCAACGAAUCGGACGAAUCGGAAUUGGUUAGCGAAAAUGAGGAACAGGAACUGAAGGAGGAUUACUGCAAGGGUGGCUACCAUCCAGUCAAUAUUGGCGAUUUGUUUCAGGGUCGCUAUCAUGUUAUUCGCAAAUUGGGCUGGGGCCAUUUCUCGACUGUUUGGCUCUGCUGGGAUUUGCAGGAGAAACGCUAUGUGGCCAUUAAGAUUGUGAAGUCGGCGCAGCAUUUCGCUGAAACGGCCAAGGAUGAAAUUAAGAUACUCAGAGCGGUGCGUGAGACGGAUCCGACGAAUCCGCGUCGCCACAAGACGGUGCAAAUGUUCGAUGACUUUAAGAUCACGGGCGUGAAUGGUACGCACAUUUGCAUGGUCUUCGAGGUGCUGGGCGAUAAUCUGCUGAAGCUCAUACGCAAGUCCAAUUAUCGUGGCAUUCCGUUGGAGAAUGUCAAGAGCAUUACACGCCAGGUACUGGAGGGUCUGGACUAUUUGCACAGCUGCUGCAAGAUCAUACACACGGACAUUAAGCCGGAGAAUGUCCUCUUGUGUGUGGAUGAGCCGCAUGUUCGUUCCCUCGCCGUUGAGGCAACCCAGUUGUAUUGCAUGAACUCCAAGAUGUAUCCGUCGUUGGUUAGCCGUGCGCCCAAGGAGUACCGCGAGCCGCCCAUCACCGGCAAGAUGAGCAAGAACAAGAAGAAGAAGCUCAAGAAGAAGGCCAAGAAACGCAUGGAGCUGUUCAAGAAGCAGCGCGAUUACUUGGAGCAAGCUGGCGGCGAUGAGCAACACGAGCAGCCGGAACAGCUGGAGCAGCCAGUGCCAGAGGCUCAUGCACUGAAUGGCGAUGCAGGCGUCUCUGAUAACGAGCAGGAUGUAGAUGGGGAGGAUGGCAACGCAGGAUGUGAAGAUGUAGAGCCGGUGGUGCAGCCAAUUAAACCGGAGCUGGAUGGCACUGAGAAGGCCAAGAAAAAGAGGAAGAGGAAGAAUAAGAAUAAAUUCAGUCAGCAGCAAUCUCAGGCACAGGAUCAGAAACCGCCACAGGAGAACUCGACGAGCAGCGGCGACAGCAGCAGCGUCGCUCUGAAGAGCUCCAAUACGAACGGCAGCAAUAGCAAUAGCAGCCAUUCAACCAGCACGCUUAAAGGACAAUCAAAUGGUGCCGCUGGCGGCAAUAAGAAGGCGUCAAGGCCAAAGCAGGAGCUGCAGCAACCACAGCAGCGCCAGCAGGUCAAUAAUAACAAUUCGAAUUCGAAGCAAAACUCGAAUAGCAAUUCGAAAAUCUCAAAUAACUCCAUGGAGGGCUCCUCGUCAACAAACGGGGGGCCAUAUUCGGAGCCCUUACUGCCGCCACCACCGCCGCCGCCUUUGGCCAAGCAACGAGUCAAGCGCGAUCCGGCGCUUGAGCCCUGCAAUGUGCAGGUGAAAAUUGCUGAUUUGGGCAAUGCGUGCUGGGUGGAUCGACAUUUCACCGAGGACAUACAGACGCGACAAUAUCGCUCGCUGGAAGUUAUUCUCGGCGCUGGCUAUGACACCUCGGCGGACAUCUGGAGUACCGCCUGCAUGGUGUUCGAGCUGGCCACGGGCGAUUAUCUGUUUGAGCCGCAUUCGGGCGAUACAUAUACGCGCGAUGAGGAUCAUAUAGCCCAUAUAAUCGAACUGCUUGGGCCGAUACCACGACAUAUUGUGUUCCGGGGCACGUAUCCGACGUAUACGUUCAAUCGCAAUGGUGAAUUGCGGAACAUAACGGGCUUGAAGCCGUGGGGCCUCAUGGAUGUGCUGGUAGAGAAAUAUGAAUGGUCGAAACGGGAGGCGGAAGCGUUUACGGCAUUUUUAAAGCCGAUGCUGGAAUUCGAUCCGGCCAAGCGUGCCACCGCUGCAGAGUGUCUGCAACAUGAGUGGCUUAGAUAAGAUACGAUGCAGCCUGGUUGUUGGCUGCCAGCCAGCCAGCCAGCAGGAGCAGCAGUAGCAGUAGCAAUAGAAGCAGCAGCAGCAACAGCAGCAGGAGCAGGAGCAGACGUUGCAUCAUCCGAUUACGUGCAGUCAACCGCAUCUGUGGCCACAUUGGCCUCCAUUUCAUCCAUUGCUUCCACCUCGGCAUCGGCAAUGGCAGCGCUUGCACAGGCACGUCCCUAUUCGGCCACCACCUCAGCACCGCCCACACCACAGUCACAUGCGAUCCACCAUGCCAUGUCUAGUGUGCGAACAGCGCCAGCAACGCCAACACGGACACCGAAGCAUACCGACGAUGUGGAUGGUGUGCAGGAUAUUGGAUUAACCGUUGCCAUCAGUGAGAUGUUGCCACCGGCACCACCACCACCACCACCACUACCCUCAAUGUCAGCGCCCUAUAGCAAAUCAAAA